AUGGAAAGAUUAUUAAUAUUUAUUCUCAUCUUGUCAGUUCUAUUGAGACUUGGCUUCUUUUUCUUUGGGCUAUAUCAAGAUGCUUUUAUGAACGUGAAAUACACGGAUAUUGACUAUUUGGUUUUUUCAGACGCUGCCAAAUAUGUAUACGAGGGAUACUCACCUUACAAAAGAGAAACUUACAGAUAUACUCCUCUCCUCUCCUGGCUACUUCUACCUAACGCAUUGGGUGGGUAUUGGUAUAGUUUUGGAAAAAUUAUUUUUAUGAUCGGAGAUCUAAUUACAGGUGUUGUGAUCGUUAAGCUCUUGAGAACGGAGAGGAAAUUGAAUGCCAAUUAUACUGCUAUAUUUGCUUCAAUAUGGCUCUUGAACCCGAUGGUAAUAACUAUAAGCACCAGGGGCUCCUCUGAGAGUAUAUUGACUGUGAUAAUAAUGAUGGCAGUUUAUCUAUUAUUUCGAGGCUCACUUACUUUGUCUUCCAUUCUAUUAGGGAUAUCGAUUCACUUUAAAUUAUAUCCUAUAAUUUACUUACCAAGUAUCUUGAUAUUUCUAUCUGAUAGGGGGUAUCCAUUUGUUAAUCUCCCACUAUUGAAUCUUGUCAACAAAGUUAAUUUAAAAUACGCUUUAGUCUCGCUUGCAUCAUUCGUAUCAUUGGGACUACUUAUGUAUCGAAUAUAUGGAGACGAUUUCCUAUAUGAGAGCUACAUCUAUCAUUUCGUGAGAUUAGACCACAGGCAUAAUUUCUCAAUCUAUAAUAUUGCAUUGUACUACAAAUCUGCAUUUCCAGAAAUAGAAGGUAUCUUUGUUAACAAUUUGGAAACCAUUGCAUUCAUACCACAAAUCGUCUUGACGGUUUUUAUAUUGCCACUUAACUUUGCAAAAAGUGACUUAAUAUCUUGUCUAUUUUUGCAAACGUUUACUUUCGUUGCAUUUAAUAAAGUUAUUACUUCGCAAUAUUUUAUUUGGUAUUUAAUAUUUUUACCUCAUUUCCUUGCAAAUUCAAAUUUAGCGAACAAGAAAUACUACUUCAAGGGUUUUCUUGCUCUUUUCUUAUGGGUGGUUUCUCAGGCAUGUUGGUUGUAUUUUGCUUAUCUGCUUGAAUUUUUAGGAGAGAGUACAUUUGACGAAGGCUUGUUCUAUUCGGCAAUUUUUUUCUUCCUUUCUAAUUGUUGGGCAAUUGGUGUAUUUAUACAAUUCCUUGAUGCCCCUGAAUCGUUGUCUAAGACCUCUUAG